AUGAAUCGCUCACAGCAAAAAUACCGACUACAUAGCAACAAUAGGUAUAUCCAGUUUACAGAUAGCAUCUUUCAGAUCAUGGUUUUCCAAACUGGAUCUGACAAUAGGGAGUCAAUUGGUUAUGGACACAUUGUACCCAAAACAGAUCUGGGUCGACUAACUACAAUGAUCUAUGCCCUUUUCGGUAUCCCCCUGGUUCUCUUGUGCGUGGCCAAUUUGGGUGGAUUUUUGGCCAAAUGUGUUCGUCUGAUUUAUCGCCACACUUGUUUACGACUCUAUCAACGCCAACGUCGUAAACGAAUGCUAGAACGCAUAGCGAACGAAAAGCAUCGAUCGAAUAUCUCGAACUCCGGGGGCAAGAAUGAAGAAUCUUCGUUCAAGAGAGAAAUAAGUGUUCCUAUCUGGCUCACUCUACUCAUUUUCAUCAUAUAUUUGAUUGUGGGCGCCAUUAUUUUCGCUCACUGGGAAGUGUGGAGUUUCCUACAAUCCGCGUAUUUCAUUUUUAUCACAUUGUCAACUAUUGGAUUUGGCGAUUUCGUGCCCGGGGAUUCAAUCAAACCGGUAUUUUGUUGUUUUUACUUGUUGAUUGGGAUCUCCAUGGUAGCCAUGUGUUUCACACUGAUGCAAGAAGAGGUACGUACAAAAUUUCGACGGACUGAACAAGGUGUUCGGACAAUGUCAAUCGAACUGCACUGGCCACCAAUUAGCCAGAGUGGCUAUAGUGUAGAUCUAGUCGAUGCAGGUCAUCACACAGGUAUCAUUUAUCUGAUGUGCAGCAUCCCCAAAACUCGUUCAAUCCAACCACCCACUCAUCCCCAGCCCCGCCCAGUCCCGUCCCGUCCCCAUUUUCAUAACGUGUUGUGUGUCUGUAUGACCGGUAGUGCGCUCAUCCAAAUUAUGUCAUCAGCCACCUAUUUCGUGUUUACUCACCGCCAGUUCCUCAUCUCGACUGAAAAAUGUGUCGUAAAUAUUCUUCUCUCCAGCCACACAUUGCCCCCGUUCUAUCUCCCCCCGCCCCCACCCCCUGUUGAAUUCAUUGUCCAAAUGACUUGGUACUCUGUGUGUGACAUUUUUAGUGUUGUUCCCCAUUGGCUACUCAUUUUCCGUCCAUUGUGCAAACUGAUCACAUGA